AGUUGUUUGCAUGCGUUAUCAAUUUAUAUUUUAUUUUCCAUAUUUAUUUUUCCUUUUUCGUCAGUACUCGAAUAACUGAAUAAAUACAUCGUGAAAAUGAAUUAUUCACCGAUAAAUAAAGUAAUAUAUAAUUAGAUUUAUCUACGUAAACCAUUCGUUAAUUCUUUCCACCGAAUUAUGUUUCCUAGAAAUGAUAAAUUUUCGCUUCAGCGUUGAGAUUACAACGCUUCAUCAUCAUGAACGGAACCAGACAUCUGGGUAUGCAUGAAUUUUCAAUAGACGAAGACCAACCAGAACCAUCCACUAUGAGACCUAAAAUUUCCGAACUAAACGCAUCUCUGUUCAGUAUCUCUUUCGUCGUGUUAUUUGUUGCCAUUGCCACCAUAGCCAUCGUGAUCAAUGGCCUGUUACCGGAUCCACUGAGUGUCAAAGAUGUUCCGAUUAAAUCCCAGAAAUUCGUUGCCGAAAGAGCGUAUAAAAUCCUAGAAGAAUUAUCUAGCAUCGGUCCCAAAGUAAUUGGCACUUAUGAGAACGAAAUCUUAGCCGUUGAAUUGAUUAAAGAAGAAGUAAACAAAGUGAUUCGAGAGAGAUCUUAUCCCGUUAAUGAGAUAUUAUUCAAUCUGCAAACCGUCUCCGGGUGUUUCAACCUGACUCUGAAAAACGUUGCUAAGUCGUUGUGUUAUCAAGAUAUUCAAAAUAUCGCUGUAAAGUUGCAGUCAGCUAAAGCCACUGAGAGUAUUUUACUCAAUUGCCAUUUCGAUAGUGUUCCUACGAGUCCUGGUGCCAGUGAUAAUGGUCUACAUUGCGCUGUUUUAUUGGAAUUGUUACGUAUCUUAGCUAACGUGGAUUAUCCGUUGAAAAGAAAUGUUAUUUUUCUUUUUAAUGGAGCUGAAGAAGGUGGUUUAUUGGGCUCUCACGGAUUCAUUACGAAGCACGAAUGGUCCAAAGAUAUCAUUACUUUCGUUAAUCUAGACGCUUGUGGUGCUGGUGGUCGAGAAGUCUUGUUCCAAACUGGUCCUCAAGCUUAUGUUUUACCCAAAAUUUAUGCUCAAUCUGUGCCUCAUCCUCAUGGAGCUGUAUUUGGAGAAGAGUUGUUUCAAAGUGGACUGAUACCUUCGGAUACUGAUUUUAGAAUAUUUAGAGAUUUUGGUCAUUUAAAAGGGCUCGAUUUGGCUCACUAUAAGAACGGUUAUGUUUACCAUACCAGCAGUGAUAAUAUUUCUUAUAUAUCUCGAAACGUUAUACAAUACAGCGGUGAUAAUUUACUAGCUUUGACUAGAGCUCUCAUCGAAUACGAUGGCUUGAAGGAGGCUAUUUCUGAAACGAAUGAUCAAGCAAUCUACUUAGAUGUAUUCGGAGUAUUCAUGAUUUAUUACUCGACGACGGUAGCCUACUUUAUAAAUAUUUUCACCAUUUUCUUAUCCAUGUAUUCGUCUGGGAUUGUAAUCAUUAAGAUAUUCAAAGGAAUGAAGAUGAAAUACAUUUACUAUCAUUUCUUGGUGAAUUUCUUAUUCAUGGGUUUUGGAAGACUGGCGAUUCUCGUAGCUCUCUAUUUAUUAGCUUACAUGAUAGAAAUCAGGGAACUGAAUAUGCUUUGGUAUUCGAAUAAAUGGUUCGUGAUGUCUUACUACGGUAUAGCAGCUUUAUAUUUGACAACUACUUUGUUGAAAAUUCGUCAGACAUUUGUUCCGAGCAAUUUAGAUGCCGAAGCUGAGAGCAAUCUGUUUAUAAUCAUUAUCCAGAUGAUUAAUACAUUUUUAUUGUUAAUUGGUACGAUACUUAAGCUGAGGAGUAUUUUCAUAUUCGCUAUCGGAUUGAUUCCGGUUUCCGUUUGUCACAUAAUUUUAAGCAAAACACGUUUAAGGGAAGAAUCAGUUCCGAUGAAGGCUCUCUUGUAUACGGUUUUCAACUUUAUUCCUUCUCUAUAUGCUACCUACUUAUAUGUUCAAAUCACUGAUCUCCUGAUUCCGAUGAUGGGCAGAAUAGGAAGUGUUUUCAAUUCUGAAAUGGUGAUGUGGAUAUUAUGCGAGUAUUUCGUGUACACAAUUUUCUCGUACUUGGAACCUUUGGUCUUACUAGUGAAGAAUUGGUGGAAAAUACAGCUCACUUUUGGUAUUAUAUUUGGAGUUUAUAUUAUUACUAUACUUUUUGGAGACACAUUGACGCCAUUUGCUGACGCUACGCCGCAACGGUUCAUCGUAGCUCACGUCAAUCGUAAACUUUACAACGAUAUUAAUUCGCCUAUUAAAAAUGAAAGUAACGGUUUCAUGAUCGUUCCACUGGACCGACAAGGGCCUCGUUCUAUUUCAAAUUUAUUCAAAAACGAGGAUUUCAACCCCAUAAGUAAACAUGAUUGUCGUAACGAGCUGUUUUGUGGAAUUCCUCCUGUUAUUCAAUUCGUGCUACGAUAUGGGGAAUCAGUGCACUGGAAAAAUUCAGAAAAAGCCAAUCUUCCUGAAGAAAAAGAACUGACGUACCGAGUCAAAGAAUCGGAAUCUUAUAAGACAUUUUUCAUCAAUAUGACUGACGCUGGUUUCGUUGAUAUAAUUUUAAUGCCCAUGAAUGGAGCAGAACUCGUAGAAUGGAGUCUAUUCCCAGAUCAACCAAUUGGUAAUUUGAAGUGGUUGAAUAAUACCACGUAUAUGAUCCAUCGUUAUAGAGGCGUGAGAAAUACGCCUUAUUGGACAUUUUCAGUUAAAUUUGACGUCUCAGAAAUGUGGAAAACUUCUCCCGUGUUUAAAAUGGCAUGGAGUGUUUAUCAUAUGCCCAAGCCUAAUCAUUAUUCUACGACUUAUCGACAAAUAAUGGACACGUUUCCAUCUUGGACGAGGCUGGUUCCUUGGAUAAUCGAUUACGAAGAAUUUCUAUUUUGAUCUUCGUGCUGACUUUAUGGUAUUGUGAUUAUUAGGUUUACUUUGAGAGUAAAAAAAAAAGUAUUUUUGUGUGUUUUGUGUGAUAAUUUUAAUACUCGAUCGUUUAUAUACGUAUAAUAAGGAUAUCGAGAAAGGUUGUAUUAUUAAUUUUUAAAAGGUUCGAUCUUCGAUCUGAGCUGAAUAUUUUAAUUUGUUUAUAAGGGCUGAAGCAAUACUGUAUUAUUUUAUAUUAUUUUGAUACCAGUUCAAAUCAAAAUUAGUUUACAUUUUUUAAAAAUUAAUUGUGUGCGUGAGGGUGGGUGUGAAAUUUCAUAUCUUGUGUUCUUAUCGCUUUUAAAGUUAUCGGCCUCAUUCGUCGAAAGGUAUCUAAUAAUCGGGGGCCCGCAUAAGGAUCACUUGCACCCGCCCCCCGCCGAUCCUCCGGGACUACUUUUUUCUUAAAAGGGGAGUCCUAAGGAACAGAAUUUUUUUAAACCGUACAAAGUUGGAUCGAAAGAGCAAGCAAAAAUUCAUCACCUGUCAAAGUUUCAAGUGCUGAAGUGCCUUUUUCGAUUUUUGGUGAAUUUUCAAAAAUCGAAUUUUGGCCAAAAUGUGAGAAAAAAUUAAAAUUUUACCAAAUUAACCUGGACAGCUAAAAUUUGGGAUAUACCCUAUUUUCGACCUGCCAAAUCGACUGGAAAUUGUUUCAAACCGUUUUGGGCAGUUCUGGAGUCUCCAGCAGAUUUUCAAAACACGAAAUUUCCACAAAAUUUUAUCAAAUGGAGUUGGAAAGCCGAAAUUAAUUCUGCAAACUAAUUUCAAUAUGCUAUGAAUGAACUCGAAUGCAGGUGAAUUUCAAAUCGUUUUGGAGCCUCCAGCGAUUUUUUUGAAAAUUACUGGAGCCUCCAGUAGAUUUUUGAAACUCGAAAUUCCCACAAAAUUUUAUCAAAUGGAGUUGGAAUGCCGAAAUUUAUUCUGCAAACGAAUUUCAAGUCGUUUUGGAGUCUCCAGCGAUUUUUUGAAAAUUACUGGAGCCUCCAGUAGAUUUUUGAAACUCGAAAUUCCCACAAAAUUUCAUCAAAUGGAGUUGGAAUGCGGAAAUUUAUUCUGCAAACUAAUUUCAAGUCGUUUUGGAGUCUCCAGCGAUUUUUUUAAAAUUACUGGAGCCUCCAGUAGAUUUUUGCAAUUCGAAAUUCCCACUACAUUUCAUCAAAUGGGUUAGCAAGCCGAAAUUAACUCUACAAACUAAUUUCAAGCAGUUUUGGAGUCUCCAGCGAUUUUUUGAAAAUUACUGGAGCCUCCAGUAGAUUUUUGAAACUUGAAAUUUUCCCAAAAUUUCAUCAGAUGAGGUUAGCAAGCUAAAAUUUACUCUGCAAACUAAUUUCAAUACAAUAUGAAACCUUUCAAAAAGUCACUGGAGGCUCCAAAAUUACUUGAACCCACCCGAAAUCGUGUUCAGAGGGUGUUAAAAUUGGAGUGUAUAGUUCAUUUCAGCUUUCCAUUUCCAUUUUGAUAAAAUUUUGGGGAAAUUUCAAAUUUCAAAAAUUUACUGGAGGCUCCAGUAAUUUUCAAAAAAUCGCUGGAGGCUUUAAAACGACUUGAAAUUUAACUGCAGUCGACUUCACAGCAUAUUGAAAUUAGUUUGCAGAAUUAAUUUCGGUUUUCCAACUCCGUUGAUGAAAUUUUGUGAGAAUUUUGAGUUUCAACAAUCUACUGGAGGCUCCAGAACUGCUCAAAACGGUUUGAAACAGUUUCCAAUCGAUUUGGCAGGUCGAAAAUAAGGCAUAUUCCACAUGCUAGUCCUAUGUUGGAACGCAAAAUCUGCGAUUUCGGCUGACCUGUCAAUAAAAAUGACCGCCAUUUUGUAAGUAGGACCACUUUUUUUGGAGGACAAGGGCUAGAAAUGUUCUUUAGGACUCCCCCUUUAAGAAAAAAGUUGUCCCGGAGGAUCGGCAGGGGGUGCAAGUGAUCCUUAAUUCCUUAUGCGGGCCCCAGACUAUAAGUUUAAUUUAAUUUUAAUUAUUUUGUGGUGUGAAUUCUGUGUUUCAUGUCAACUUUGUUUCAACUACUUAGGCAUAAUAUUUUAUAUUUUUGUGCUCACUACUCGGUGAGAAAAACUGUGCAAUAUUCUUUAAGAUCAUUCGUUGUUGUAUCUUUAUGAUUAUUCUAGUUAAAGAAAUAUUUCUACUUAGGUAUUUUAAAAAUUAUACUUUCAGUUUUUGAAAAACUGUGUGGUAUAUUUUCUAUUGAUUGCCAUAUUUUUAUUGUAGCCUCUUGAUAUAAUUCUAUACCAAGUUGGGUUUUGUUUUGUUGUUGUUUUUAUUUUCAAGUUUUUCUCUGUAUUUAAAAAUAUAGAUUAAAUUUUUCGGUGA